AAGUUGGGAACCAUUGGAUUAGACCAUGAUAAAAAAGCUUCAUAUAGUGACAUAAAAAGACACAAGAACAGUCUUCAUCAUCCAGUAGCUCAGUAACCAAACAUAAAUACAAAUAAUUGAGCCAUUCAAAUAAUUAUGAGAUGCUGGCAUGAAAUCCAGAUACGUAUAUGGUUAUUUAUCCCGCCUUUGUAAUAUUUUCCUACUGUAGCAAAAUGAGCUAUUGAGCUAUUGUAUGAGCUAUUUAUAGAAAUUGUUAUAUGUACUUCCUGUAUGUAGAAAGAAAGAUAGCAAAAAGAGAGACUGAGGCAGAGACAGACGGACAGAGAGAGGGAGAGGGAGCAGAUAUCUGCAUGUUAAAUGACAAAAUAUUAACCAAAUAUCUGAAUUUCUGCAUUCUCCUGCUAGUUCUGCCUCUCUUCUCCUUCUUCUCUCUCAAUGGUUAAGGUGUUUCAAUAGCCGCAAUGAGUGAGGUAUUUUAUUCAUCUAUGAAGUUCAAGAAGAACUGUAGGCAGGGGACUGCAGCAACUCCGGAUGAAGAUGUAACCUAUUCUGAGGUCAAAACCAUCAACCCUACCGCCUCCAACACUGUGUGCCACUGUGGUUCAGCAGAGCACAGUGGGCAAAGCUCACUUCCCUACAGACGGGUUGCAGUGAGUCUGGGGCUGCUGUGUGCUCUCUUAUUGGCUGCCACAGUAGUCCUGUGUGUCCUCUAUACAAGUCUGCUCAGAAGCAACUACAGCACCAUGAAUACAGAGAAAGUCCAGCUACAGAGCAAUGUGUCUAACCGCUGUCUACAGGGCUGGACGCAGUUCUCUUCGAAGUGUUACUACUUCUCUAAUGAGACGAAGAGCUGGACAGACAGUCGCAGUGACUGCAUUAAAUGGGGAGCUGACCUGGUGAUUAUAGAGAGUAAAGCGGAAAAGUGUUUCAUCAACGAACAAAUAAAAAACUUUACCUGGAUCGGACUACGUUACUCAGCAGAUAACGGUUACUGGCACUGGAUGAAUGGAACCCCUCUGCAGAAAGGAUCCUGGGGGAAAGGAAAGUCAGGUGGUAAAAGUGAAUCUGAUUGUGCCGCGAUUGCCCCUAAUGUGAAUGCAUGGGAUGCUUCUCACUGUUCUAAUGACCAUAAUUUCAUCUGUGAGACUAAUGCUCUGCUCCCCUAAACCAUUUUUUAUCAUUGUAUGUUUUUGGUUCUCUCAUCUUGUGAGAGGCCAUUGACCAUGCCAGGUUUGACAGUCAAACACAGGACCAAUAAGCAGACCACAAUGUUACCGUUUCUGUUGGGAAUAUAUGGAAUAUACAUACUGCUGUCUUUACUAGAAAUGUAUCUGUGAGACUAAGCUUUAUUAAAUGCAUUGAAAUGACUGUACAUGCAGAGUAGAUUUAAGCUAUUACAUUAUUGGUUCUAUGGACAUAUUGUAAGUAUAAAAAUAUCAAAAACCAUACAUUUGAAAUGGUCCUCAUCUUGCUGUUGUGAUACCGUAAAUUGAAAUUGAAAUCGAGAACAGCAGUCACUGCUAAAAAAGCAAAUGUGUUCAUUGGGCCUCAUUUAUCAAUAAAUUCCGUAAAUAUGCACAUACGUUUCCCCGUAAAAUUAUACAAACUAACAACUGCCGCCGCAUUUAUCAAACGUUUGGAGGCACUUAGUUUCAAUCGUAUCCCCGUGCGUAUGUUGAUAAAUC